GCUGGACGUACGGCCGAUCAACUCCAUCACAUAACAACAAUCCCAUUUUUACCACCAGCUCCUCGACACGAAACAGCCCUCCAGCAGCCAUAUCUGAUGCGUCAUAGCCAACAAGUCUGUCGAAGCUGAUUCAUCCUUGCCACGCCAUCACGCUACUACACGCUCUUCCUAGUAACCCAACCUCGGACAUACCACUGAGUCGGUCGCAUAUUCGUUCGGCAACCUUAUCAUGGAGGAAGAUGGAAAUGGUCGGGGCCUCGGUCCUGGGUCUCCCAGUACCUCCGUCGGUCAAUUUUCCUUCGCCCCUGCUACCCGAACUACUGUUGUUACGACGACAACUACAACCACGACGACGUUCCCUCCCGUGCUCAUUAGGCCGCCACGCGCGACGCAGGAUCUGGAUCCCAAGGUCUACCCACUGGCAUCUGCCCCUACACCAUCGGCGUUGCGGAACAUACGAUUUGAACUUGGUGGUAAAUCGGUUGUGUUCAAUGAACCGGAAGAUACUGCGGGCACAUUAAAUGAGUUGCACGAGAAGAAUGACGCGCUCAAAACCUCGAACGGUCUUGUGCGAUCUGUGGCCUCCUUCACUUCGGACGAUACCCAGCUAUCAAGACGUCUUGCACAUAGAACCUCCAAUCAACCAUCUAACCACCUAUCGAUCUCCAAGCGUCGGCUUACGGAAGCACAACAGGGAUCACUGAGGGCACGUUCCGCGCGAGUGCCGUCAGAGCCUUCGUUCCGUCCAGCUCGUUCUCAUGGCUCCACGCCAGUACAUCCUACCGUGGCUGGCUUAGCCACCCCGGAGACGGAAACCAAUAGCAAUAACGCCAUGGAAGGAAUAUUGUCGAGAAGGAGGAUCCACAGUGCGAGUAAUGCUCGUAGGGAGACAUUACUACGGUCUCCUUUAUCCUCGGAAGUCGAGUCUCAGGGACCCUCGCAGACAGUGGACGCCAGAAAAGAGACUCUGCGUACAAAUACCAUCAUGCAGGAACAUGACAGACAAUCUGGCUGCUCUAAUGAGACCGGUUUUGCUAGACCUGCAUUGGAAAGGACAGGGUCGGACCCUCGGGAACAUCUGACCGGGAUUGCUGCAAGUCAGGAUUCAGGUUAUGAUGCACCGGGUGACAAUUCUCAGAAUCUGCCUACGGAGUCGUCUUCACAGCCUUUUAUCGACAAUAUCGUUGCCCAAGAUAUGUGCUUGCCCAGUCCCAGCUUGUCUCCAGUGGCGGCUUUAAAUGCCGCGAACAUCGAUUCCUCUUCCGAUUCUGCUGAAGACCAAGAGGACACGGACUCCAGCUUUGAUAACAGUGAUUCUCGCUUUAUUGGGCCUUUGCCCGUAGGGGACUCCAACGGCGAAGCGACGUAUGUUGCCAAGCCCGAACAGCUUGCAGGACCCAUGAUGCAACGCCCCACUUCCAUGAUGGACAUACCUAAUGUGCUGGACUUCUUUGACUCGGUACCUGACAGUAUGAAAACAUAUAUGAUGUACCAAUUCCUGAGGCGCUGUCCGAAACAGACGCUGCACUUUGUUGCGGACGUUGUUAACCCUGCCUUGAAAUGUGACUUCCUGUCCCUGCUUCCGCUUGAGCUCAGUCUUAACAUCGUGAAAUAUUUUGACGUUCAGACCAUGUGCCGCGCGGCUCAGGUGUCCAAGAAAUGGAGGCAUAUCAUCAAUUCUGACGAAAAGUCCUGGAAGGAGCUUUUUGACAGGGACGGAUAUGUUCUUCCCGAGGGCGAGUUGGAUCGUGCGAUCAGGGAGGGCUGGGGAUGGCAAUUUCCGAAUGGCUGCGAGGAUUAUGAGAAGGACAUGAGUAUGUCUCCUUUCAUCAAACCAGAUCCAGAAUCUUCUGUUCCUGCCUUGCAAUCCUUUGGUGAGUCUAGUGAUAGGACUCUGUCCGUGAGUCGCCGGCCUAAAAGGAAAGCUUGCACCCGUGUGUCUAGCCGUAAACUUUCGAAGCGAAAGAUCUCCUCCAGUGGCACUGACCACUCUGAGUCUUCGGACUGGAGGAAAGAGGUUUCGGCUUCGGAGGGACCUUAUGCGGCGGCGAACGCUGCGGCGGCGGCCGUCCCAUAUCCGGACAUCGGCUUGCCAUCGCUUCGCGGUCUUCACCUCUACAAAUCGCUAUAUCAGCGUCACCAUUCGAUCCACAGGGCUUGGAUGAAACCAGUUGUCAAGCCAAGACACAUCGCCUUCCGCGCCCAUGAUCGCCACGUUGUCACUUGUCUCCAGUUCGAUACGGAGAAGGUGCUUACUGGGAGCGACGACACGAACAUCAAUGUUUAUGACACUAGGACUGGUGAGCUCAAGGCCACUCUUGAAGGCCAUGAAGGGGGUGUUUGGGCACUUGAGUAUUAUGGCAACACUUUGGUUUCUGGGUCUACCGACAGGUCGGUAAGAGUUUGGGACAUCGAAAAGGCUCGGUGCACACAGAUAUUCCAUGGCCACACCUCCACAGUGCGCUGCCUGCAGAUUGUCUUACCGGUCGAGGUGGGAAAGAAGGCUGAUGGCACACCUGAGAUGAUGCCAAAGGAACCGUUGAUCAUCACAGGCUCUCGUGACUCAAACCUUCGUGUCUGGAAACUUCCUAAACCAGGAGAUCCGGGUUAUUAUCAGAGCGGACCUCAUGUCGAUGACACAGACUGCCCAUACUUUGUCCGUGUCCUCACUGGGCACCAGCACUCUGUCCGGGCGAUCGCAGCGCAUGGUGACACGUUAGUGAGUGGAAGCUAUGACUGCACCGUGCGUGUAUGGAGAAUAUCCACAGGAGAGACUGUACAUCGGCUUCAAGGUCAUACUUUGAAGGUGUAUAGUGUCGUUCUUGACCAUAAGAGAAAUCGUUGUAUCAGUGGAUCCAUGGAUAACAUGGUUAAGGUGUGGUCAUUGGAAACGGGUUCAAUUCUGUACAAUUUGGAAGGGCACACGUCCCUUGUUGGUCUGCUUGACCUCAAGUGUGACCGUCUAGUGUCGGCGGCUGCGGACUCUACGCUGAGGAUCUGGGAUCCUGAAACUGGGCAGUGCAGGAACAUGCUGAGCGCCCACACCGGUGCAAUUACUUGUUUCCAGCAUGAUGGCCAGAAGGUCAUUUCUGGAUCAGACCGGACACUGAAGAUGUGGGAUGUAAAAACUGGGGAUUGUGUCCGAGACCUUCUCACCGACCUUAGUGGCGUGUGGCAGGUAAAGUUUAACGACCGGAGAUGCGUCGCUGCAGUGCAGCGUGACAGCUUAACAUACAUUGAGGUCCUUGACUUUGGCGCUUCCCGCGAUGGAGUACCAAGCGAACAGCUAGGAAGACGCAUCGUCGUCAAUAGAUGGGGUCAGGAAGUCAGUGACACUGACGAAGAUUACGACCUUUCGGACGCCUGAACAUACUACGUCUGUCGCCUACUGCCUACUUCACUGCUUGGGCAGAUGAAGAAACUUUUGUCACUUUGCGACAGGCAACACGAACGGCAAUUUU